CUCAUCGUUCUCUUUAUUUGUCUCUCUCCGGAGUCUCAGAGCAUUCCCCAUGCUUCUUCCAAUCAGUUUCUCCCUCUAGAAGAAGAGCAAGGAACAUUCUACUCCUGCCUUUUCUUUCUUCUUGCCUUUAAUCUUCUUCAUUCCCAGGAUCCGCCUGCUCUAGAACUCUUUUCCGACGCAAUUGCAAAAGCCUCUAUUCUCAGUCGUCCUGCUGUUAGCUUCUGGCGUUUGACUGUGUGUUAGAGGCUGGAUCUGAAUUCUGAAGUGGAGAUCUUGGGAUCACAGGAAAACUGGCUGCAACAGUGGCGUGGAGGCAUGCUGCCAGCAGUGGCAGCGGCCUUCCCAGUAACGAUCUGGAAAAAAAUGGAGAUAGUAAACAUCAUGGUUUGGAACCCUCAACUCAGCAUUCUCUCAUGCUAAUGGGUUCAAGAGACCGCAGUAACAUGGAGGAUCCAGAUGGGACUUUAGCAAGUGUUGCUCAGUUGAUUGAAAAAUUGCGUAAGAAUUCUGCUUCCAUGCAAGAAAAAGAGGCACUGCUGAUGCAAUUGUUGGAGCUUAUUAAUACCCGAGAUAAUGCCUUUAGUGCUGUUGGGUCACACUCUCAGGCAGUUCCAGUGCUCGUUUCUCUACUUCGAUCUGGAUCAUUUGGGGUAAAGAUGCAGGCAGCCACUGUUUUAGGCUCUUUGUGUAAAGAAAAUGAGUUGCGAGUAAAAGUGCUGCUUGGAGGUUGUAUUCCUCCAUUGCUAGGUCUCCUCAAGUCAAGCUCAACAGAAGGUCAAAUUGCAGCAGCAAAGACUAUAUAUGCUGUGUCUCAGGGCGGUGCUAAGGACCAUGUUGGCUCAAAAAUCUUUUCAACUGAAGGAGUUGUGCCAGUGUUGUGGCAACAGUUACAGAAGGGUCUCAAAGCUGAAAACUUGGUUGAUGACUUGAUCACAGGCAGUUUAAAAAACCUGUGUACUAGCACUGAAGGAUUCUGGUCUGCAACGAAUCAAGCGGGAGGAGUGGAUAUACUUGUCAAAUUGCUAGCCACUGGACAAUCAAGCACACAAGCAAAUGUGUGCUUUCUUCUUGCAUCUAUUAUGAUGGAGGAUUCAUCUGUGUGCUCUAAAGUCUUGGCUUCAGAUGUCACACAGCAACUGCUUAAACUACUGGGACCCAAUAAUAAAUCGUUUGUCAGGGCAGAGUCUGCAGGGGCUCUUAAAUCUCUUUCUGCUCAGUCCAAAGAGGCCAGGAGAGAGAUAGCAAACUUGAAUGGUAUUCCUGUACUAAUAAAUGCUACUAUAGCACCCUCCAAGGAAUUCAUGCAGGGCGAACAUGCUCAAGCUUUGCAGGAGAAUGCAAUGUGUGCACUUGCAAACAUUUCAGGUGGCUUGUCAUAUGUUAUAUCGAGUCUUGGUCAGAGCCUUGAAUCAUGCUCUUCAUCUGCCCAGGUUUCUGACACAUUAGGGGCUUUAGCUUCGGCUCUUAUGAUAUAUGAUAUCAAAGCCGAAAAUGCAAGAGCCUCAGACCCUUUGGAGGUGGAACAGACACUGGUUAAACAAUUUAAGCCUCAGUUGCCAUUACUGGUGCAAGAGCGUACUAUUGAAGCCCUUGCUAGUUUGUAUGGGAAUGCUAUUCUAUCUAGAAAACUUGCAAAUUCUGACGCAAAACGCUUGUUGAUUGGUCUUAUCACAAUGGCAUCUAAUGAAGUUCAGGAUGAAUUGAUAAGGUCCCUUCUCAUUCUUUGCAAAAAUGAAGGUUCAUUAUGGCAUGCCCUUCAAGGCCGCGAAGGGAUUCAACUACUGAUUUCUCUUCUUGGACUGUCAUCAGAGCAGCAACAGGAGUGUGCCGUUGCUUUACUCUGCCUUCUGUCGGAUGAGAAUGAUGAAAGUAAAUGGGCCAUCACUGCAGCUGGAGGCAUUCCUCCGCUUGUUCAAAUUCUCGAAACAGGAUCUUCCAAAGCUAAGGAAGACUCUGUAACCAUCCUUGGAAAUCUCUGUAACCACAGUGAAGACAUACGUGAAUGCGUUGAGAGUGCUGAUGCUGUUCCUGCUUUAUUAUGGCUGCUAAAGAAUGGGAGCUCCAAUGGCAAAGAAAUUGCUGCCAAGACAUUGAACCAUUUAAUCCAUAAAUCAGAUACUGCAACCAUAAGCCAACUUACUGCUCUUUUAGCCAGUGAUCUCCCCGAGUCUAAAGUUUAUGUCUUAGCUGCAUUGAGAAAUUUGCUUUCUAUGGUACCUCUUAAUGAUAUUUUGCGAGAAGGCAGAGGAAGGGCAGCAAGAUAUAGUGCCGCCAAAGCCUUAGAGAACCUGUUUUCAGCAGAUCAUAUAAGAAAUGCAGAAUCUGUUAGGCAUUCUGUUAAACCUUUGGUAGAGAUCCUAAACUCUGGUCUUGAAAAGGAGCAACAUGCUGCUAUUGCUGCAUUAGUGCGGCUGCUCAGUGAGAAUCCAUCAAGAGCUCUUGCCGUUGCAGAUGUUGAGAUGAAUGCAGUAGAGGUUCUAUGCAGGAUUCUCUCAUCAAACUGUUCAAUGGAGCUGAAGGGGGAUGCUGCCGAGUUGUGCUCUGUUCUAUUCACUAGUACAAGAGUAAGAUCUACAAUUGCUGCUGCUCGCUGUGUGGAACCUUUGGUUUCUCUUCUGGUUACUGAAUUUAGUCCAGCUCACCAUUCAGUUGUUCAUGCAUUAGAUAAACUGGUUGAUGAUGAACAGCUGGCAGAACUUGUUGCUGCACACGGAGCUGUCAUCCCCCUUGUAGGCCUUCUCUAUGGUCAGAAUUAUAUGCUUCAUGAGGCUAUUUCUAGGACUCUUGUGAAGUUAGGGAAAGACAGACCUUCGUGUAAGUUGGAAAUGGUAAAAGCAGGGGUUAUAGAAAGCAUACUUGAUAUCCUUCAUGAGGCACCACACUUCCUGUGUGCUGCAUUUUCUGAAUUGCUAAGAAUACUGACCAACAACGCAGCCAUUGCCAAGGGACCAUCUGCAGCAAAGGUUGUUGAACCUCUUUUCUUCUUGCUAACAGCACCCGAGUUUGGACAUGAUGGACAACAUAGUGCUCUCCAGGUUCUUGUAAACAUAUUAGAGCACCCACAAUGCCGUGCUGAUUACACCUUGACAUCCCAUCAAGCAAUUGAACCUUUGAUUCCUUUACUUGAUUCUCCUGCUUCUGCUGUUCAACAGUUGGCAGCUGAGCUUCUAUCUCACCUUCUUAUGGAGGAGCAUCUUCAGAAAGAUCCUGUUACACAACAAGUGAUUGGCCCUUUAGUACGAGUGCUUGGUUCUGAUAUACCCAUUCUGCAACAGAGAGCCGUGAAGGCUCUUGUUUGUGUUUCAGUAACUUGGCCCAAUGAGAUUGCAAAAGAGGGCGGUGUAAGUGAGCUUUCCAAAGUGCUAUUGAAUGCUGAUCCUUUGCUUCCAAAUGCUUUGUGGGAAUCAGCUGCUUCUGUCCUAGCCAGUAUCUUGCAAUUCAGCUCUGAGUUUUACUUGGAAGUACCUGUCGCUGUUUUGGUGAGAUUGCUUCGUUCUGGCUUAGAAAGCACCAUACUUGGUGCACUAAAUGCCCUACUUGUGUUGGAAAGUGAUGACUCCACCAGUGCUGUAGCAAUGGCUGAAAGUGGAGCAAUUGAAGCUCUUUUGGAACUUCUCCGAUGCCAUAUCUGUGAGGAAACUGCAGCUAGACUGCUUGAGGUUCUGCUGAACAAUGUGAAGAUCAGAGAUACCAAAGUUACCAAGUCAGCAAUUCUUCCGUUGUCACAAUACCUCUUGGACCCACAAACCCAAGGUCAGCAAGCGCGGUUCAUGGCGACACUUGCUCUUGGUGCUCUAUUCCAGAAUGAGUCACUUGCUAGAACAUCAGAUGCCGUUUCUGCAUGCCGGGCAUUGGUUAAUCUGCUUGAGGAUCAGCCCACUGAAGAAAUGAAAGUGGUGUCAAUAUGUGCAUUACAGAACCUUGUUAUGUAUAGCCGAUCAAAUAAAAGAGCUGUUGCAGAAGCAGGAGGUGUUCAGGUUGUGCUCGAUGUUAUUGGUUCAAGUGAUCCAGAUACAUCAGUACAGGCAGCAAUGUUUAUUAAGCUUCUCUUUUCUAACAAUACUAUUCAAGAAUAUGCUUCGGGCGAGACCGUCAGAGCUAUAACAGCUGCACUCGAAAAAGACUUGUGGGCAACAGGAACAGUUAACGAAGAGUAUCUGAAGGCUUUGAAUGCACUUUUUGGAAACUUCCCACGUUUGAGAGCAACAGAACCUGCAACUCUAAGUAUACCACAUCUGGUCACCGCCCUCAAGACUGGUUCAGAGGCAACUCAAGAAGCUGCUCUGGAUGCUCUGUACUUGCUCAGACAUGCUUGGUCAGCCUGCCCAGCUGAAGUAUCUCGAGCCCAAUCAAUUGCUGCUGCUGAUGCUAUCCCUUUGUUGCAGUAUUUGAUACAAUCAGGCCCGCCUAGGUUUCAGGAGAAGGCAGAAUUCCUUUUGCAAUGCUUGCCAGGGACAUUAGUGGUGAUUAUUAAGCGAGGCAAUAACAUGAGACAGUCAGUUGGAAAUCCUAGUGUUUAUUGCAAGCUUACCCUUGGUAAUACACCACCUCUGCAAACCAAGGUUGCAUCAACUGGUCCUAAUCCUGAAUGGGAUGAAAGCUUUGCGUGGUCCUUUGAAAGUCCCCCAAAAGGACAAAAGCUUCAUAUCUCAUGCAAGAACAAGAGCAAAAUAGGAAAGAGCUCAUUUGGGAAGGUGACGAUCCAGAUUGACCGAGUAGUGAUGCUUGGUGCAGUUUCUGGGGAGUACACCUUGUUGCCCGAGAGCAAAAGCGGACCGUCUAGGAACUUGGAGAUAGAAUUCCAGUGGUCCAACAAAACCGAAGUGUAGAAACAACUGCGAGGUUUUUGCCCAUUUUCUCAUAUUCUUAAGUUUCUUUCAUUCACCACCAAAUGUAUAGCGUCUUUCCCUUCGUAGUCUUGAAACAACAAGUCGUUACGAGUAGUAUAUUAUUCUUUUGUAUCUUGUGCGUGCGGAUUCAUUGUCAAGGUGUUUUUGCUGUUGUAUUCAUAUUCAUUGUAAGCUAAGUCACUUCUGUAUUUAUAGGCAGGUGUAGUUUCUAAGCUUUUCCCCCCCUUGUAUGAUUGUAUCUUAUCCCAUCAAUUUCGAGUUCAAGAGAAUGUAAUAAACUCUGGUUUUCCUUUCAUGCUUUCUCGUUUCUUUAAUGCAAAUAUUCCAAGGGUGAACUUAUCCUCAAAUUGUUUUUUUGAUCUUGUGAAAAUUUAUAUAUACAUUGGUAUUUUGUUCUAAUAACUUUGAUGUUAAUUA